AUGAAUUCAACUGGAAUAGUCCGUGGUCCAUGCCCAUUCUUGAACACGUUCGCGAACCACGGCUUCCUGCCUCGAUCGGGCAAGUACAUCACCGAACAGGAUUUGAUUGACGGUCUCUCCAAAGCCGUCAACUUUGACGCGGCCCUCUCAAAGUUCCUAUUCAACUUUGCUGUGACGACAAACCCAGAACCCAACUCUACGUGGUUCUCGCUUGACCACCUCACGCGCCACAAUAUCCUAGAGCACGAUGCCAGUCUCUCUCGUGUCGAUAGCUAUUUCGGACACGCAGAUGUCUUCGAUCACAGGACUUUUGAGCAAACGCGGUCUUACUGGGGAGACAAGGUCACUCUGGGAACGGGUACGGAUGCCAUCAUAGCCCGCAUAAGGACGUCUAAUGCGACCAACCCCGAAUUUUCCUUGUCGGAGCUCGGUUUUGACUUUAUUCUCGGCGAGACUUUCGCCUUCAUCGCCGUUCUCGGUGACACCGAGACCCUCACGGUCAAAGCUAGCGUUGUGGAAUAUCUCUUCAACGCCGGAUCAGUAGGAUUCCAGUCCCCUCAGGCUUCAGGCUCCGAGGAGCGGGGUGUGCCCUUCUUUCUGGCCCGUAAGACCUGGCCGGACUCACCCACCAAAAAGCAGCGAGGGAUUCGAGCCAUGUCGACGGGGGGAUUGCGCGCACCGGGUACGGGGGUUUUCAGCCUCCGCCGACUCAGCGCUUCAAGCAUAUCGUCUCUGAAACCCGAAACCACUGCUGCCAACAGCCAGCCCGCUGCCAGCCCUGGACUUCCCAACACCGCCGGCCAGUAUGACGACGCCAUCUUCUUCCCAAAAGUAUACGAGGACGCCUGGGGUGGACCUGACGUCAGCCGGACCGACAUUGAACGGGCACGCAUCUUUCUCUUACGCAUCGCGACAAUGGGCGUAGACCCAGCUUUCAGCUCGGCCCUGCGGGGGAUCGCCACAGACCACAAACACAACCGGACCGUCCCCGGCCUGGCUUCAGCAGUGCAAACCCACCUCUAUGGCAACCGCCACGCCAGCUUCGAGCCAACCCCCUUACUGCAAGCAGUGCGCUUCAUGCUGAUCAAGGCUCGCGUGCCCGAGAACCCCUUCACCCAGCGCGCCCGCGACGUGCUAGACUUCUUCUUCGACCCGACCCUGCACCGGAACCUGAACCCGCCACCCCCCGGCGAGCUGGUUCGGUACGCAUACCCGUCCGGCCGCCUGCGCGUGUGCAUCAUUGGCGGCGGCCCAACCGGCCUGGCAUCAGCCAUUUCGCUCGCCGAAAAAGGCGCGGGCAAGGUCGAGGUGCAUGUCUAUGAGCGCCGGUGGGUGGUCACCGAGAACGGGACGAUUGACUACCCCCCCGCGGCCAAGCGUCGCGACCAGGUGGUCACGCUGCAGGACUCGGUCACCAGCUUGCUCACCCCGGCAACCUACCAGGCGCUGUUUGAGGGCCGCCCUGAGCGGGUUUGGCCCGGGUCAGCGAACAUCCAGAUCCGUAAGGUGGAGGAUCGGUUCUUGAAGCGCUGCCAGACGGAGGAGUUCAGGGGCUUGAUCCAUCUCCAUGCGGAAGGGGUUACGCGGGAGGAGCUGGCUGCCGGGAAAUGCGGGGAUUUUCAUGUCCUGCUGGGUACCGACGGCGCGGCAUCGUGGGUGCGCAGGAGCUACUUUAGGGGGUAUGAGAAGGAGCGCGGGCGGAGUUAUGCGCUGGGGCUCGCGUUUGAUCGCGGUUCCAAGGGGGGGUUGCCGUGGAGCCAGCCGCUUAAUAUGUUCCUGACGCUUGGCCAGACGAGGUAUCUCCUGAAUGCGAGCGAUUUUGAUGGGAGGGGGUACCUGAACAUGCAGCUGACUGAGGAGGAGUGGGAGAAAAUGGUCAGUGUUGACGGUCAGCCAAUCCAUUUUGGCCGGCCUGGCUGUCUGCGGCGGCCCGAUGGGAGUAUUCCCGAGGGGUUUGAUGAAGGUCGCGUGUUCGCCCCAUCUGAGGACAGGAAUUCGUCGCUGUGGAAGUCCAUCGAGGACGGGUUGAAGUUGUUCGGCUUCAAGGAGAGCGAGGUCAUCAACGUUGUGCGCAUCCCCAUUGUCGUGCAAGCGGUGCGCGAGGGGGUUCAGAUGCUGCCGUUGGAAGAUUCUCGGUUUGUUCACCGGCCACAUGCGCUCGUGGCGGUGGCCGGCGAUGCGGCCAUGACGGUACACUUUUGGCCUGGGCGCGGGCUGAACAGCGGCAUCAAAGCGGGCAUUGCCCUGGGCGACGAGAUCUGCCACGCUCUCAGGGGCGGCAGGUUUGCAGGCCUUGAGCUGACCGCCAUGAAAGAGUACAACGACUUCAUUCUGAAGUUGCAGAACCGUGAGCACGACAAGCGGAGUAUACCUAUUCUCAACCAGUCUGGGUCCCCUGAGAUGCUCGGCUGGCUGUUGAGUAAGGCUCAGUCAGUGCCAGACGAAGUAGCUAUCGAAUGGCUUGUCGGUGCCAUGACACAGAUUGCUGACCGGCUGGAGCGCCGUAAUGACUGGGCCUUCCCCCACGAAGCCAACAUCGAGCCGCAAAUCCGCAUCGUCCUCCGCCAGCUGCACAGCCUAACCCUGCGCGAGAUGGCCGUCAGCUUCCCUUGGCCAACCCGCGAGAUGGCCGGCGCCGAAGUCCUGCCGAUCCGCUCCAUGCGGCCCGAAGAGAAGAGCAAAUGGUUGCAGCAGCUAUGGGGCUUGCUCACGGCCGAGAAGAACAAAGAACUCCGUGACAAAGAGCGGGCCCGUUCCCGAGGCUCGUCGCCAGCGCCGUCCAACGCCCGCUUCGAAGCGCCCCAUCCUACCACACCGAACUCUGCAGCAAGCCGGUCACGGUCACCCCUGCGAAACAGCAUUUCAAACACCGUCCCGGCUGCCCAGCUCGAGACGCUCAGCCUCAACAAUGCCGUGUCGGAUUUGUCGUCCUCGAACUCGCUUCGCAGGAGUAAUGCUGUGACAAGCAACAGAUUGGUGCCAGGACCGGGACCAGGGUCGGCUGCUCCGGACGGCAGGCCAAGGCGGUUUAGUACUGCGUCUAACUUGCCCGUUCCAGGGGUGGCGGAUGGCACGCAGUUAAGUGACGGAGAGCGUGACGACUACUACCCGAGCAGUGGGGACGAGAGACACGUUGUCCGGCCUAGAUCGCCUUCGCCUAUGAGAGGCGGUGAUAUGGGCUUGACGAGGCUGCUGAGCGUCAGGCGGCCUAAUGACUCGGUCUUGUCGGAUGCCAUGGCGUUGGCGCUGUUUCGCGUAGAUGAGGAUUAG